CUUUCUUUCUUUUCCACACUAACGCACAAUGUCAACAACGCGCAAAUCGUUCGCUCAGGCUGCAUCGCGCACCGGCCGCGCACCCCGCGAGCUCGAAGUCCUCGUGUUUGGCGCCACGGGGUUUACUGGAACGCUUGUUGCGCGCUACCUCGCCGAGCGUCUCCCAGCCGGGUCCAAGUGGGGCAUUGCUGGACGCGACGCAGCGAAACUCAACAAGGUCAAAUCAGAGCUGAUCGCCCUGCGAGGUUCCUGCGCUGAAGACGUCGUUGUUGUCGAUGGCGUGGAUGUCGAAAGCGAGCUUUCCAUCAAGGCAGCGACUGCUCGAACUUGGGUGCUCCUCAAUUGCGUUGGACCGUUCAUCGCGUACGGCAUUCCCGUCGUUCGCUCGUGCAUCGAAACGCACACAGACUAUGUGGACAUUACCGGCGAGCCGCGUUUUGUCUCGGCGGUGGUGGAGCAAUUCCACCAGCGUGCCACUGAGGCAGACGUGCUCAUUGUGCCUUGCUGCGGGUUUGAUUCGAUUCCUGCAGACCUGGGUGUGUGGUACACGCUGCAGCUGCCUGGCUGCAUUGACGCAGCGACGCAAACCUCCCGCGUUCAGUCGGUCAAAACGGUCAUUGCCGCCCGCGCCAACCUGUCGAACGGCACUUUCACCACGGCGAUCGAGGCUGUGGGCAUGUCGCAGCUGAGCGAUCUGAGGCAGCUGAUGCAGGCGUGGUACAACUCUGGCUCGCUGUCGCAGUUCCUCUUCCCGCCUGCCGCAAACGCCCCGCGCUUUUCAAUCCAAUACAUGCGGGCCGUCAAGGAUUGGGUCAUGCCACUGCCCGUGAUUGACACGGCCAUUGUGCGCCGCAGCUGGGAGCUGACACCAAAAGCCAGCGGGAGCAGCACCACCAACGUGGCCUCGCCCUACCCGUCGCCCUUCUACUACGGACAGUACUACCAGAUGCGCGGCUUCAAGUCUGUGCUGAAACUGGUGCUGUUCUUCCCCAUCCUGCUGCUGUUGACCGUUGUUGCCCGCUUUCCUGGUGGCCGCGCCUACCUCCAGCGAUUUGGUCCCAAGCAGCGCCAAGGCCCAUCCGAAGAGCGUCGCAAGCGCUCCUGGUUCAAGUCGCAAGUGAUUGCCUACGAUGCCAAGGGCGCCGUGCUCGCCCAAGGCGUUGUCAGCGGCGGCGACCCCGGCUACACUGAGACGGCCAAGAUGCUUUCCGAGUGUGCCUUGCUUCUCGCGCAUCAUCGCUACGAGCUGCCUCUUCGUGCCGGCGUUGCCACCACAGCCUCGGCCUUUGGCAACCACCUGGUCUCGAGCCUGAGCGCCGCUGGGAUUAAGUUUGAGGAUGUGACUGGCAAGGACCCGACGAGCGCUGCCAAGCGUCAGUCUUAAUGACCGAGUUGUACUGUAUUUGAUGCUCGGCUUGGAGGUUUUGUCAAAACUGCACUCUUGGGAGGGGGUUUGUAGCAGCAUCCAAGACUGUGGCUGAACUGAGCUUGUAAAGUGCAUGAAGUGCCUGUUCUCUCCGAUCUCCCCAGUGUUUGGUUAUGUGCUGGGUUUUGUCUGAUCUCUUCCUCCUGCUGCUUCGUCCUCGUGAUUGAAAUGAGCUUGUACAGUGUAGAAUACAGUUGUUCCGCAUCUUG